ACAAAAGAACUUCAGAAAAUCAUAAAACUUCUGAACUCAGCUGGGGAUGCGGUUCUCUUGCGACAUGGCGACAUACGCAAAACUUAUCCUGACGCCGUUGCACUAUUAAAAGGAAAAAAUACUGAUCAGCUUACUGUUGAGAAUCCGGACCCCGUCGCAGCGAGAAAAAUUCAAAUAAAAAUGCAUUGCUUGAUGCAUGGGCCGACUGAGAGCCUAAUUACAAAAACGCCACUCACAGAAGAGGUCCUCGAAGACGUCACUAACUACUUGGCGGUCCACCUGCUCAAGCCUCAAAUCGUGAAAGUGUGCAAAUGCAUGAACAACGUGUUCGUGCAGUGCGAGUUGUGGUGUGAAGAAAUCCUGCGGCGGGUGGCCCGACCUUGCUGCACGUGUUCGCGCCACGUGUCUUCACAAGCACUGGAGGAUCUGAUACCACUGGGCCCUCGCGUAGACUUCGAACCCGGUGUGACGAGUACCUUCGUCCCCGGUCUGGAGAUCACGACGGGCCCAUGCCCCUCAACAAGCUUCUCACGUAGCACCCAGCCAUCUGUAUGCCCCGGCAUGAUCCCAGAGGCUGGACCCUGCAGCAACCUAAAGCCCUCAACGCACACCUAUUUCAUGCACGCGGCUGAACACUCAAUAUUCUCGUGGCCGGGUCACAAACGUGCAUCCCGUCUCACCCACCCUGCCCAUACGACUACAGCUACAUUGAGUGCCACCCUCCCCGCCCCCAUCUUUACUGACUUGACGUCGACCGAAUUGUAUUUAUCGUCGCCAGACUGGGUUGAAAACCACUUUAAAAGUGCCAAGAAUAAAAGCCAGGAGGAUCAAGCACCGAUUACUACCUCCUCUUCUACCGACCGCAUUCCUAGCCUCUCUAGCGGAAAUUCGAGGGAGACGUUCGUAUUCCAAACCCUUCCACCCAAAUCUGUAAGCCGAGAUGUGGACACUGAUUGGAAUGUGCUGAAGGUGCCGCAUGGUUCUAGUCUGCAUGAAAGUAUCAAUCGUCGCAGCGUGUUGCUAAAACCUAGCAGCUCUAUUUCUGACACUUCAUCGUCUACAUCGAUCGUAACAACAGAUCAGAUGUCCGAUUGGCAUGCGAUGAUGGUCAGUCUUAUGUGGAACGUGCAAGCGUGGCGCGAUUGGCUGCAGGAGAAUAUCAACCGUGCUAUAGCUUUUACUGAUGUUUCCCAUGAUAAUGUCGCGGAUUGGUCGACCUAUUUCGAAAAUACUUCGACGGAGGCUAUGCAAUGGCAUCAUUAUAACAGUUUCAGUCAUGCACUAACUAUGCGACUUGCGCUCAGAUAUAAGGAUAAGCGAAUUGUAUCCCCGACACGUGGCACUUUUAGAACUAAGACGUAUGACAACUGUAAGAACGAAAUGCUGACUGUUAUCGAUAUGUUCAACAGAUGGACCUGCUGGUUAAUUAUUAUUUUGAAAGAAACUAAUAAUGCAUGUUUUACAACUCGUGAAGACGAUACGAGUGACAAUGAGUUACGUUGGAGAUAUUUCCGAGGGAAGAUACUAGAGCUGGCUGAGGAUUGGAAGAAGUAUAACGCGUAUUUAAAGCAGUACUGGGAACAAGAAUAUAAGCUCGGUGUUCCAGAGUGGCUGCCAGAGUGGAAGCAGACGGGCCCCGUGUGGGUGGUGAGCGCGUGCGGUGCCGUACCCAGUGGGGCAGUGAGCGCAGGCGUUCAAUGUGGCGAGACCGUCUGGGUCGCGCGCACAACACAUCGACGUAAAGUUUUGCCGGCCGCUCUAGUGCCUUCGCAGCACUGCUGCAUAGUAUACGCCGAUGGUAACAUUCACCGAUACACCAAAUAUCAAGUCAUGUGCAACGCGGAAGUGCAAUGGGUGGCGUGGCGCGCGUCCGGCAGCCGGCAAUGCGCCAGCACCGCGAGCUCCACCGGCUACACCAGCGAUUCGGAGGGUGCGCGCGCAGUGUGCGUGGCGGACGGCGUGCACGUGGGCCGUGUACUAUACCGCGGCAAUCACCUCCUGGGCCCCGUCACUGCACCCAAGCAGCGCUGCCACGUGGUCAUCGUCGGCCGUCCCUUCGCCUUCAACUGCUACGAGUUACUCGUGCUGUCACCGUCUGUCCAAAACACGGCGUGCGACCGACAAUAUGAGUGGACUUCGCCUAUUUGAGAUUAAAUAAAGGUUCUUUCUUGAAAGAAAUUAUCAGUGAGUUCCCCGUGAAUUUGUGUAGAAAAAUUUCGGUCCACUAGGUUUAGCGCUGCAUGGAGUCGCUAAAAGGAUUUGUCGAAUUGC